AUGGGAGGGGGAAUUUAUCCGUUCAGAAAGGUAACUAGACGAUUAAUAGAAAAUAUUAGUGUAUCUCUCUUUUUCUUUUUUUAUUUUAAAUUUCUUUUUGAUCUCUUUUUCUCUUUCUUUCUCUUUUCAUUUCUUUUUGAUCUCUUUUUCUCUUUCUUUCUCUUUUCAUUUCUUUUUGAUCUCUUUUUCUCUUUCUUUCUCUUUUCAUUUCUUUUUGAUCUCUUUUUCUCUUUCUUUCUCUUUUCAUUUCUUUUGAUAUCUUUUUCUCUUUCUUUCUCUUUUCAUUUCUUUUUGAUCUCUUUUUCUCUUUCUUUCUCUUUUCAUUUCUUUUUGAUCUCUUUUUCUCUUUCUUUCUCUUUUCAUUUCUUUUUGAUCUCUUUUUCUCUUUCUUUCUCUUUUCAUUUCUUUUUGAUCUCUUUUUCUCUUUUUUUCUUUCUCUUUUCUCUUUUCUUUUUGAUCUCUUUUUUCUUUCUUUUCUUUUCAUUUUCUUUUUUUUCUUUUUCUUUCUUUCUCUUUUCUUUUUUUUUUCUUUUCAUUUCUUUCUUUUUUUUUCUUUUUUUUCUUUUUUCUCUUUUCAUUUCUUUUGAUCUCUUUUUCUCUUUCUUUCUCUUUUCAUUUCUUUUUAUCUUUUCUCUUUCUUUCUCUUUUCAUUUUUUUUUGAUCUUUUUCUCUUUCUUUCUCUUUUCAUUUCUUUUGAUAUCUUUUUCUCUUUCUUUCUCUUUUCAUUUCUUUUUGAUCUCUUUUUCUCUUUCUUUCUCUUUUCAUUUCUUUUUGAUCUCUUUUUCUCUUUCUUUCUCUUUUCAUUUCUUUUUGAUCUCUUUUUCUCUUUCUUUCUCUUUUCAUUUCUUUUUGAUCUCUUUUUUCUCUUUCUUUUUCUUUUCAUUUUUUUUUGAUCUCUUUUUCUCUUUCUUUCUCUUUUCAUUUUUUUUUGAUCUCUUUUUUCUCUUUCUUUCUUUUCAUUUCUUUUUGAUCUCUUUUUUCUUUCUUUCUCUUUUCAUUUCUUUUUUUUCUCUUUUUUUCUUUCUUUCUCUUUUUCAUUUCUUUUUGAUCUCUUUUUCUUUCUUUUCUUUUCAUUUCUUUUUGAUCUCUUUUCUUUUCUUUUCAUUUCUUUUUAUCUCUUUUUUCUUUUUUGAUCUUUUCAUUUCUUUUUUUUUCUUUUUCUCUUUCUUUCUUUUCAUUUCUUUUUAUCUCUUUUCUCUUUCUUUUCUUUUCAUUUCUUUUUAUCUUUUCUCUUUCUUUCUCUUUUCAUUUCUUUUUUGA